UCAUCAUCACACAGCUCCGAAACCUGCUGCUGCUGCCGCUGCUGCUGCAGGUACAAAGCUAUAAAAGCGCGCGGCCGCACAUGUCCGCGCUCAGCUGCGCGCGCCCAGGUGGUGCAUGGAGUCCGACCAUGAAGGCUGAGAAGUUCUGCUGCCGCCCGCUGGAGCCCGGACCGGUGACCGACUCGGAGGACUGAGGAAAGCGCGGGUAAAAUGAAAAUUAAUGGCAGCAGCUUAACGAACACUUCUGCUUCUCUCGCGCCGUCCGAGCUCAGCCUCGCGCGCCCUCCGUGGGUUUCCACAACUUUGGGGAGCGUGCUGAUCUUCACCAUCAUUGUGGACAUUCUGGGCAACCUGCUGGUCAUCUUCUCCGUCUACAGAAAUAAGAAGCUGAGGAACGCAGGAAACAUAUUUGUGGUGAGCCUGGCAGUAGCUGACAUCGUGGUGGCGGUUUACCCUUACCCCCUGGUGCUGAUGUCCAUUUUCCACAAUGGAUGGAACUUGGGCUUCGUCCACUGCCAAAUCAGCGGCUUCGUGAUGGGACUGAGCGUCAUCGGCUCCAUAUUUAACAUCACCGGCAUCGCCAUUAACCGAUACUGUUACAUUUGUCACAGCCUGAAAUAUGACAAGCUGUACAGCGAUAAGAACUCCCUGUGUUACGUGCUCCUUAUCUGGAUGCUGACUGUGGUGGCGAUAGUGCCCAACUUCUUUGUGGGCUCGCUGCAGUACGACCCCCGGGUGUACUCCUGCACCUUCGCGCAGUCGGCCAGCUCGGCCUACACCAUCGCGGUGGUCUUCUUCCACUUCAUCCUGCCCAUCUUGAUUGUCACCUACUGCUACCUGAGGAUCUGGAUCCUGGUCAUCCAGGUGCGGCGGCGGGUCAAGCCCGAGUUUCGGCCCAAGCUGACGCCGCACGACGUCAGGAACUUCAUCACCAUGUUCGUGGUGUUCGUGCUCUUCGCCGUCUGCUGGGCGCCGCUCAACUUCAUCGGGCUGGCGGUCGCCGUGGACCCCGAGCGGGUGGCGCCGCUCAUCCCCGAGUGGCUUUUUGUAUCCAGUUACUUCAUGGCCUACUUCAACAGCUGCCUUAACGCCAUCGUCUACGGACUGCUCAACCAGAACUUCAGGAGGGAGUACAAAAAAAUCAUCGUCUCGCUUUGCACCGCGAGGAUGUUCUUCCCGGAGAGCUCGAACGAAGCCGUGGACAGGAUGAAAAGCAAGCCAUCCCCUUUAAUGACGAACAAUAACCAAGUGAAAGUAGACUCGGUAUGAGCGCUCGGAAAAAAAAACUAAGGCUCAGGACACUGUGAACCAGAGAUAUACCAAAUACUCCUCUCAGUAACUUCCAGACAAGAGUAAACCACAGUAAACGACGCUCUACAGUGUUAAAACCAGUAUAGGCGCUAUAUUCAAACAUACAGGGUGUACUUUCUUUAACUGUUCCUUUUUCAAAGAUGCAUUUACAAAUAUUCUGUCUCAAUGUUUACAAGCAUUUCAUAACAGAGGGAAGAUUGUGUAUUUAUUAAAAAAUGUGUGACGUUUAGCAUUGUUUCAAUGCUAAGAAUGCUCUAUAGCUGUGUAUUGGCCAGAACAUGGAGAUACUGUUGUGAUAUAAUGUUGUGUCUAACAGACUGCUCUGUGCUGCUUUACUGUUCUCUCAGUUCUGAUAUUCAGUGAACAGAUGCUUCAGGGGAGGCUUUAUCUGUGGUCGAGAGAGUAAAGGGAGCUAAUGCUGAGAGUAAGCCUGUGUGGAUUACCCUGACUACAAACUGGGGAUGCAACAAAUAUUGGCAACCAAAAUGAUUUGUCUGAAAAUAACUAAAAAACACUUUCUGUGUUGGGACAAACAAGUGGAAAAAAAUGUUUUGCAAUAUAAAGCGCACUUCAAUUCCUUUGAUUUUCCAAAGUAUCGACAGUGCGCCUUAUAAUCCAGUGCACAUUAUGUAUGAAUUUUACCAGCCAGGUUAUUAUAAGGAGCAGUAAAGCCACUCCGCUGAAGUACAGCGUUAUACAGGGGUUUCAGUGAAGUUUCUCCAGCACCAAGGCUAGAGCAGCAUUAGCCGAAAACCACAGCGCUAGCUCUUUCGCCGUUCAGAGGUGAGUAUAUCAGACUGUAGUAACCGCUAUCUGAUACCACGCUGGCUUACUCUCAGUGUAGCGCUGUCAGGAGGCAUUUACUAGCGCUAAGUGCUGCUGCUAACCACGGUUUAGCACUGCUGCUAACUGCACUGUUAAAAUUAAUAGAAAUCUAAGCUUACUUACCCAAAUAAGCAGUUUUUUGCUGAAUUAGAAGGGAAACAUGGCGACACCCUUGUUUCUUACUAUUGUAGUUUAAAAUGCGCCUUAUAAUCCGGUGCCUCGGAUGUAUGUAUGAAAAUACACCAGAAAAAUGUCAUAUAGAAAAUAAGAAAAUGAGAAAAUAGGUAUUAAUCAUUGAUAGUGUGCCAUAUAGUACGAUGUGCCUUAUCCCUGCAGGCAUGUAUCACUAUUAGACAUUAUCCUGACCUAAAUUUUUUGUCAUCUGAUGUCAUGACUAUCAUUUAGCCUAAAAUUAACAUCUACUGAUGUUGGUGUCCAGCUGGGAUAGUACAUAAAAUAUGGUAAUUUGUACUGAACAAUGUUGGUACGUCUGCUUGGGUAAAAAAAAGUAAGUAAAUAUUUUGAAUUGUAGUUUUGUUAAUGUUUUUCAUUUAAAAGCAACACAAAAAUACAAUUAUGCUCUUUAAUAUAUGCAGUGGUGUAAAACUGGCAACAUUAAUGAACAUCUGUAUUCAGGUGUUGAAUUCUCAAGCUAACCAACUAACCGUGGGUGUCACGUGGAGCGCCACACUGCUGUAGACCUCCUCAGUAAAUGCGAAAGUGCACUAUUGCAGCAUUGCAUGUUUUACCAACAUUGCCAGCUGCCUGGUGAGUUUGGGCGCCAGUAUACAGUGUGCACCAUACUCUAAUCUAUGAGGGCUAGCGAGUUCCUGGAAUUUGGCAUGUUGCCUGACAAGAUGGUACGUGACCAGAUAAUUGAGCUGUAAUGUGAAAGUAUGUGAGGCGUUAUUACUAUAGAAUGACGAGUUAUCCCGGCCUAAAGCCUUGACUAUUGUCCUCACAGAGUUACUGUUAGCAUUAGCUCACUUUAACAGGCUCUCGCUGCAUCUCUGUUGCGCAAUGCAGGCUCAUUAAUACUAUGGAGUCGUUUCCCAGACAGCGAUAAACUUAGUCUUUGACUUAACACACACAAUAUAUAUAUAUAUUUAUAUAUAAAUAUAUAUAUAUAUAUAUAUAUAUAUAUAUAUAUAUAUAUAUAUAUAUAUAUAUAUAUUCAGCUGCUUCUAAUUGCUGUUGAUGCAGCAUUGCCUAGCAGCAUCACAGCGCACUCGGAGGAAAACGCAGCGACUCAGUUCUGAUACAUCAGCUCACAGAUGCCUUGUGCUGAUCAACAUCACCCUAGAAAUGAGGAGAGGAAAGAGUGUAAUUUACCCACACAGAGAGAGCAAGGCUAAUUGUGCUCUCUCAGGGCUCUGGCAGCUGAUGGCAAGAUGCAUGACCGGGAUUCGAACCAGUGAUCUGCUGAUCGUAGUGGCAGUGAUUAGCCAUAUUCAAAUACUAGAUGGCAUUAAUCAGUAGAGAAAUGGGACACACCCUAUGUAUUUUAGCUGAACAAAGACCCCCUAAAGAAUCCUCAGAACAUGUCAACUGAAUAAUCAAACGCCAGAAGAGUAAUGCAGCACAGAGCAUUCUGUUAGACCCAACAGAUACUGUAUGUAAGACAAUACAGUACAAUAGGAGUUACAAUUGAAUAUAUUGCACAAUAUAUUGUGAAAAUGUAAGCAAGAUGAUAUAUUGCGAUUUUUUUUAAAUCAAAGUUUAUGAAUAGAAACUGUUACCAUAUAAAAACACUAUUAUAUGCAUAAAAUAUGAGUAAAAGGAAAGUAUUUUUUUUAUGCAAUCAGAACAAAGUACAACACUGCUGUCUAGUGGGCGGGGUUUAAACACAACACAAAAUGAUCCACUGUCUGAUACCAAUCUUUACAUGUAAACUAUUGCUAUAUGGAAGUAUUGCUAUAUUAGUUUUGGAAUAUUGCAUCGAUUCUCAAAAACAAAAAAUAUUCAUAAUGCGUUUCUGAGAAUCAACACAAUAUUGCAAGACAUACUAUCACAACAAUUCCAUAUAAUGUCAAUAUUUUCUUACAGCCCUAGAAUCCUAUCAAAUCAUAUAGAUUCAUAUAGAUCUCAGUGUGGCCAGUAAGGUGGAGGAACAUCUUAUGAAGCACAUGUAUAUUACAUAUAUACAUAUGUAUUCAACAAAGUGGUUUCACUGAAGAACUUGACUCAGAUUCUUUCUCACAGUCUUAAUAAAGGUUUCUCUGAAGCUCACACCAAAACCUGUUCCGACCAGAUCAGCUAUAAGCUACAUUAUUCCAGAGAGAGCCACUUCUUCAAUGAUGCCAACUACACACAGCAGCAGCAGCCAACAGGAAAAUGCUGAUUUGUUGAAUGCAAACAUCCAGCAGCUCCAGACUCCAGACCGUUGGAUCUAUUAUGCAGACGUAAUCUAUUUUUGUUCGUUUUUUGGAUGGGUCACCUCUCAAUUUGUAUAACCUUAUCAUAUGUGUCAUAUUAUAUAUGAAAUAAAAUGGCAGAAUGCCUCAAGUGAAA